AAACAAAUCAUUUCCAACAAAAAACUUUAACAAAAUGUUCAAAUUCGCUGUUGUCAUCUUCGCUGUCAUUGCCUGUGCUGCUGCCAAACCCGGUUUUAUUGCUCCUUUGGCUUACACUGCUCCCGCCGCUGUAGUGGCUGCCCCAGCUGGUGUUGUUACUGCUACCAGUAGUCAAUAUAUUGCCCGCAACCAUAAUGGUAUUGUCUCUACUCCUGUUGUAGCUCCAGUUGCUACCCCUGUUGUUGCCAAGACUGUUGCUUAUACUGCUCCUGUAGCUGCUGCUUAUACCGCUCCUGUUGUAGCCAAAUACGCUGCUGCCUACAAUCACCCCUUGACUUACUCCGCCCCUGUUGUUGCUAAGUACGCUGCUGCCUACUCUCAUCAUUUGGCCUACUCUGCUCCUGUUUUGUUCUAAAAACCUAUCUUACGGCGAAUUUAAAAUGAAGUGAUGAAAAAUAAACAAA